AUGUCUUACUUCGGUUUUGACAAUCCGAUCGAUCUAGAAAGCGAAAAACGCAAGUUUCUCGAGAGCGGAGGGCAGGGGUCGAGGGAGGACAUCGCGGUGUAUACAUGGGGUGAACAGGGCUAUGACGGUCUUGGAGACGAGCUACACGAGGGCGGCGAUGAGUUGAACGACGAGACAUUUGGCGGAGUGGGGGAGGUUGGCAAGGACUUCGACUUCUCGCACACUGUCUUGCCCUCGGAUGACCUGCCCCAAGCUGCCCCUUCUCGCGCUCAGCAGGCGAGGCCUCAGGUCUAUGAGCAGCCGCCGUCUCAACCAGUCCAGUCGUCCGCAGCUUCUCGUCCGACGCAUUCGCUGGAAUCCGUAUGGGACGACAAGUCUCCGUUCUCCGUCCUCGGGCGCAUGAAUGGGGCUAGCAGGUCGACAGAGCCACACCAUCCCUCGCACACGCCGUCGCCGUCGCAGUCAUUCAAGUUCUCUCCUUUCAGUGCGACGAGCAAUGAGCCUCUGCCCGCGGGUCAGCCCCUGGGCGGGAUCAGCAGCGGCCUAUCGAAGGGUGCCUAUACACUCGAGGAGGUAGAGGCGGAGAUGCGCGCUCAGGCUGCGCUGCAACACCAACAGCAGCAGCAGCAGCAGAUCGCCCAGCCCACCUCGCUCACCCAUACCCAGAUGCGAGCCCAGAUCCCGCGUCAGGGUACGCCUCAGCACGCUGCGUCGCCACCCCCGCGUAUGCAUCCGCACUCCCAAUCGCCCCGCUUCCACCAGCAGCAGCAGCAGCACCAGAUACACCUCAUGCACGUCCAGCAGCAGCAACAGGAGCGCCAGCUCCUUGAUCUCGCGCGGCACCGCGAACGGCAGAAGCUGCUCCAGGAGCAACAACUGCUUCAGCAACAGCAGCAACAGCAGAUCAUGGAGCAGCUGCGUCUCGAGGAGAUCGAACGCGCGCGGCAGAUCCGUCUGCAGCAGAUGCAAUCCGCGAACCAUAUGCACAGCCCGCUGCUUCACCAGCGGCAGAGCCCAGCGUUGUCUGAAAGACACCCGCGCUCCGUCGGUCGCCAGUCCCCUGCCAUUAUGGGUGGCGUAGGCGCACUUGGAGGCGCGCCGCUGGAGGUGCCCUUGCAGCAGAGCCUGGCGUACAUGCCACACGAUAUUCAGCUGCAGCAGCGUCUCCUCGCGGAGAUGGCGCAGGCGGAGUUCUUGAAUAGCAUGCAGGGCGGACCGCAGAGCGAGCGCGAGAUACGGGAGGAGCGCGAGUUGCAGGAGAUGUUGCGUGCAGAAGCUAUGCGCAAGAUUAUGGAGGCAGAACGAAGCGAUCAGAAGCGCAGGCGAAAGCAAGGGAAGAUCCAGCAUAUGUCGCGCUACAAUGAUCUGAUGACACAGUCAGACAAGGAUUUCAUUACGCGCAUACAGGUCUCGCAGCUCGUCACGCAGGAUCCAUACGCGGACGACUUCUACGCACAGGUCUACGGAGCCAUCAUACGCUCGCGCAUGGGUAUACAAACCCAGGACGAUCGCAUCCUCAAGUUUGGCUCUGGUGCAGGCGUUGGUCUUGGGCCCGGUCAGAAGGGCUCUGGACGUCGGCCAAGCGCGAUGCAGCGUAUGGAGGCUCAGGUGGAGCGCAUUGUCAACAACGCGAAAAUGAGGGAGAAGGAGAAGAUUUCUCUGAACAGCCUCCAAGGCGCGUUGGGUAAGACGUCCGGUCGCAGCUACAAGGCUGCUCCUCGUCAGCUCCUCCAGGUCGAUGCAUCCUCACCCUCGCCGUCGCCCGCACAUGCACACAUCUCCAAAGUGGAUGAAGAACCGCGUAAGGAUGGAAUGAGCGCCGCACACGAAGCUGCCAAGAUCGGACAUCAGGCCUUGGGAGGCGCUGCGAAUAGCGAAGGUGUCAUUGCCAAAGAUCCUCUGAAGCACCGAGAGGCUCUCAUGAUCCUAGAGCGCCUGUAUGACCUUGUGCUAGACAUAGAACAGCUGCGCCGCGACCAACCGUUACCAGAGGACGGCUUUGAAGCUCAGGAUGCAUGGGAGGUUGAGCUAGAUGCCCGUGUUCAGCAGUUAUUGACUGGUCUUCGUUUGCACGUCUACCUUGAGACUAGCGUUCCACACCCAUUCAUCUCCCUUCUCAUGCCUAUCAAGGGCAAGAGGCUACUCCCGCGCGUCGUGCGCCACCUUCCUUCAGAGCGCAUUCUCACCAUGCUCACGCUCAUCAUCGCGUGCUUCCACCAAGUGGACGUCGUCGUGAACUCUCCGAAGCUCGACACGCUGGAGGAGUCCAAAGAACGCGCGGAGGUCGAGCAGCAUUCGGAGGUCUUCCUGUCUAGCCUCGUGCAGAGUGUGCUGCCCGCUAUCGGCAAGUUGGACCUGAGCAUGCUGACGGGACUGCUGGGCAUGUUGUUCAAGCAUAACGACGUCGCGGCGGUGGCAAGGACUCCCCCCGGAAUUGCCUUGCUCACCAUGUUCCUAAGCCGAGUGCAGAACAUCAAGGAGGCCAUAGCGUCGGUGCCCAUGACUACUGCAGAACCUGAGUUGCCGGAUCCAAUAGAUGAACGGCGAUGGCAAGAGGUCUUCGAUGAACUGUUCAACGUGCUUGCGCCAGGUCUGCUGCUCCUCUUCCCUUCCAUCCGUAUCUCCAAAAACAGCGGCGGGAGCGUACCUUACGGAAAGGUCCCUGGUACCGACGACAUGGACCAGCCAAUAUGGCAAUUCCUCGCAGCGAUGGCGGUCCACUCGUCCAUGGAGCAACAACAGUACCUCGUGACGGCGCUGCGCGAGCUAGUGCUCGAGAACGUCAGUUCCGUACGGCGAGGCUUCCUCGCCAGCGAAGAGGAGCGAGAGAAGCGGAUGGGCAACGUCGACAUAUUUAUGCGCGCUCUGGGUCUCGAUAGCUCUCAAAUCGCUGUGUAA